AUGUUGUUUAUAUGUAUAUAUGUUUUGAAUCGUGUGCCAGACAUGGUUCACGGCAUGCGAACAGCGUUUCGUCAAAUCAAGGCUAUAUUUGUUGUACGAGGACUAGCCGGUGGAUUCGUCACUGUCUGGCGCCGUCUUCGUAUUGCUGAGCUGAUGACGUGUGCAUGGCUGACAAUGUUUGUGAUUCGUAUGUACGUUGAGAUUUGGGAGAAGGGACGAACUUGGCAAGAGGCAGGUCCAGCAUUACUUGCUAGUAUUGCUGAGAGUACCAACACACCCAUUUCUUUACUCGCUCUUGCAUUAACGGUUUCGUUCGUAUGUAAAUGGGUUGUCGAUGGUGCUCAACUGGUCAUAGGUGGACGGCGUGAUCACGGUCAUGUGCUUGCUCAUUCUGGGUUGGUAUACCGAGGCAUUGACACUUGUCCUGUUAUGCCUGCAGACUGGCUUGCUUGGUAUGAAAACGGAGCAAAAGGCUUUCCUGCUCGGGCUGGUCCUGUUUAUUGGUUGGUCCAUUUUAUAUACUGCCUAUUUUCUCAGUUUUCAUUCUGGCUUCAGUAUUUCCCAUCCCGGUCAACUGAGCCGUGGGAGCACAGCGACGAUCUCAUGUUCUGGACCAGGAUGGUGACGAAAGUUUUCGAGCUCUCCAUAGCACUCAUUGUGCUGGUGUAUGGAAUCGUCUUCACUGUAUCUGGGAAUUGGACAUUGGCCACCAUCGCGGUACUUGUUUUUCACGUGAUAUUCAAUAUCUAUAGAAGGAUGGAGACACUGCUAGGAUCAAUGACUGCUCGACAAGCUGCAGUGAAAAAUAUCAACCGUUUGCCUCGUGCUAGCAGAGAAGAACUAGAAAACUUCACUUCACUAAUUGCUCUUGUUAUAGCUCGAAGCGAUAUUUGCGCAAUUUGCAUGAUGGAAAUGUGGGAAGAGGCACGAGUGACGCCGUGCAAGCACUUCUUCCAUGGCGCCUGUCUCAGGAAAUGGCUCUCUGUGAGGCAGGUGUGCCCACUAUGUUACUCGGAACUGCUGGACCCUAUCAGUGAGCCCGCUGUCGAAGAGUUCAGAAGAGAAGCAUCGCCAGAGCGUGAAAGAAUACGUGAAAGGAAUCCGGAAUGGAGGGAACUGCGUGCCAUGGAAGGAGCUCGUGACAUGUGGCCGUUGAUGGAGCAGGUUUUCGAGAAUGAAAGCGACACAGAGAGCGAUUCUUCUUCAGCGACAGAGUAUACGCUAGCAACGAUGGCUUCGCUCGCCAAGCCGUCAUCGCUUCGGUUGACUGGAGCGGUUGCGCAGCUUCUACCGUGCCGAAACUCGGCCAAGAUGUGCCCCUCGAAGCCAGCUUUAGCCAGCCGCAAAGAGAGCGAUCUGAAAAAGAAAAUGGCCGAGUUGAAGCACAUACCUGACUUUGCGCUUAUUUAUCCUGAUUUCCUUCAAUCUCCCGUAUGGAAUCGUCGAGAUCCUUUAUACGAAGAACUCGUUCAUCAGGAUAUGCUCGAACGCCGGAUGAAUAUUGACAUUCCAGAGUUCUACGUCGGUUCCAUUGUUGCCGUAACCACCUCUGAGAAGAGUCUGGGUAGCAAAGAACAUCGUUUUGUUGGAAUUUGCAUUCGUAGAGAGAAGGAAGGUCUGCAUCAUCAGUUCACUCUCAGAAAUGUGGUUGAUGGAAUUGGUGUUGAAGUAAUGUAUGAUCUGUAUAACCCGACAAUACGAAAAAUUGAGACACUCAAGUUGGAAAAACGUUUGGACAACGAUCUCAGCUAUCUGAUUGAUGCGUUGCCCGAGUACAGCACGUUCGACUUCCACAUGGAACCGAUUUCACACCCAGCUGGAACACCUGUACCCGUGAAUCCAAUCAAGGUUUCUGCUCCAUUCUUUGUUAGUGCAUUGCCGUUCCCGUGA